CCCAACCUCACACGUCUCCCACUCAACUCUCGGCGCCCCGCACUGCACCUCCCCACCAAACUCCUCAAAAUGGCUGACAUUGAGCAACGGCUGAAAAGCCACUCAACGGCGUUUGAAGGUUUACUCUCGCUGAUCCCCGGCAACAAGUACUUUGAAGGCGACAACACUGCCCAGUGGUCGAAGCGCAAGCAAAGCAAGGAGGAGCACAAGCGAGCCAAGAAAGCAAAGCUGGAUCCGGACUCUGUUACAACAGCGGCCGAGUUCCGCGCGAAGCGGCAACGCGGCGAAGACGACGUUGGCGACAACAUGAGCGGCGACGAAGCUGGCGAAGAAGCUGCUGAGGUAGAAGAAGCGCCUCCAAAACCUAAAAAGUCCAAGAAGCAGCAGCAGCAGACUCCCAAGAAGGCGGCAGCUGCGAAAGAGAAGGCGGUGGACGAGAAGGAAGUGAAAACACCCGCACAGAAAAAGGGAAAAGGAAAAGCCUCAGUCGUCGCCGUCGGCGUCGCCCCACCGUCUGAGGAAGUACCCACCGCUACAGCGACGUCGAACGACGAUGAUGAAGACGAAGACUCAGAAAUGAUCGAUGCCUCGGAGCCAAUCCAGAUCAACGGCUUCGCGGACCUAGCCGAAUCUCCCAGCACAAUUACGACUGAAGACCAGCCGACUCCCGCCACGACCACCCCCACCGAGCCCCGAAAACCCGAACUCGACGCCGCCGCGCGCGCCGAACAACGGGCCCGUCUCGCCGCACGGAUAGAAGCGCUGCGCGCCAAGCGAAAAGCUGACAAUGCCGAUGGCACAUCUGCGCGCACACGACAAGACCUCCUCGAAGCCCGCCGCAAGAAGGAAGCACAGCGAAAGGAACGGAAGAAGGCGGCCCGCCUGGCCGAUAAGAUAGUCAGUGAGGGCGAGGAUGUUCUUUCGGAAAUUCCUGCGAUACCCGCUGCUGCGGCUGCGACGCCUGCGAUCAGGAAGGACUUCUCGUUUGGCCGUGUCACCUUCGAUGACGGACGACAGUUGAAUGCGAAGUUGCAGGAUUUCCAGAAGGACAAGAGGAGGAGGGGGCCGACUGAUCUUCUUGGUCAGCUCAAGCAUACCGAGGCGAAGAAGCGGCGGAUAGAGCAGAUGGGCGACGAGAAGAAGGAGGAGGUGCUUGAGAAGGAGAAGUGGAGCAAAGCGUUGAAGCAGGCGACCGGCGAGAAGAUCAAAGACGACGAGAAACUGCUCAAGAAGGCUUUGAAACGACAAGAGUCUCAGAAGCGGAAGUCGGCGCAUGAAUGGGGCGAGAGACUGUCUGGGCAAUCCAAAUCACAGGCUCAGAGGGUGAAGAAGCGAGAAGAGAACCUUCAGGCGAGAAUAGACUCGAAGAAGGCGAACAAGGGUGGGAAGAAGAUCACCAAGAAGAGCCAAAAGCCGUUCGUCAAGAAAGGCGGCAAGAAGCCGUCGAGACCAGGCUUCGAGGGUGGAAUGAAGUCCAGUAGUGGGAAGGGAAAGAGUAAGGGGAAGAAGUAGUAAUGAGAUCACUAUGAGGAACU